CGCACGCGGUUGCCAUGGUAAUGAGCUCCCGAAGCGGAGCGUGAGUUUUGUGAGUUGGUCGGGUUACGGGGGCCUAAGGCCGCCCGACAGGGGUGGCAGGGUCACCUAUGGGCCAGUCGAAAAGCAAACCCAGAGAGAAGAAAGUUGAGGAGCAAAAGAAGAGCUCCAGCUUUGUAGUUGCAAAGGCUAAGGAGAAGCCGGUGGAGAAGGAGGCGAAGCAGCCUGACAAGGAUUUCUUGAGUCAGCUUCCCGACAGUUCGCACUUUGUUGCAGCCAAGUACUCAAAGCCUUCUUCCUCUUCCUCUGAAGACAGACCUGACAUAAAACAAAAGUCGAUCAAGAAGAAAAGUGUCAUUCCACAGAUCAUCAUCACUCACGCCUCAAACGAGACACUAAUCAGCUAUGGUGUCCCUGACAGCGAGGAACAGAGGACCAUUCGGGAACAUGCUGACUGGGGCCCUUAUUACCGGCACAGGAACCCCAGCACAAUAAUAGCCUACGAUGUACACAACACAGAAUAAA